GAAGCCAGUUGAGGGAAAUUCUCCAUGAAUGUACGUCACAAUGAUGAUGACCGACCAAAUCCCUCUGGAACUGCCACCAUUGCUGAACGGAGAGGUAGCCAUGAUGCCUCACUUGGUGAAUGGAGACGCGGCUCAGCAGGUCAUUCUGGUUCAAGUUAAUCCAGGUGAGACUUUCACAAUAAGAGCAGAGGAUGGAACACUUCAGUGCAUUCAAGACAUGUGCAGCUGUUACUUGCAAGCAGGCAUUCUCAGGGUGGACCUAAGAGGCCUCUUUCAGACCCAAGCUUGUUGCUGAGCAACUAGAAGUUGACCAGUAGCGUGGUCCCCACAAGGGCUGGUAAGUACUAGUGGGCCUGGAGCAAAGUCCAGUUUCUGGAAGGGAUGGGAGGAAG